UUUCACGCAUUAGCUUUGAGAAGAUCGCUCAGUGGUAGACAAGUUGGAACUUAGCUGGCAAGCGCUAAUACAACGCAUAGAGUCUGUUUCCAUCUGCAGUUUUGGAGUUGGAGGUGCAGUUGCAGUUGGAGCUAAAAGAUACGGCGACGUUGCCCGUUGCACUGUUGCAUUAUUCAUGCGCGCAACGGGAAGCAGAAGAACGGAGAAGAUGACGCUACGCGUAGCCAGCAUAUUGUGGCUGGGAUUACUUUCAGCUUGGCCCGCACAGUUGGAUGCGUUUAUCACGCAGAAUACAGGCUGUCGUCACAAUGGAACUUGGUAUGCUGACAAAUCAAUAGUACCUAGCAUGGAAAAGUGUCUCAACUGUCAGUGCAACCGCAAGACUCUUGUCUGUCGCCUGAAAGUGUGUCCGGAAAUGCCCAUGCCACCGCCACGUGGCUGUGUGGUGGUGCAAAAGAAGAACACCUGUUGCCCAUACCUAUCGUGUGCCCGCUUGGAUGCAUUUUAUAAGAUACCCACUAAGCGACGCAUCAUCGCCUACUUGGAUCACUACGAACGGGAGUCCAUUGAUCGCGUGGUCAACGAUAACAUGCUGCAACGACGCUCUGAUGACUCUGAGGGGGACUUGUUCGUUUGUGUGAAGAAUGGAACCGUCUAUAAGUCAGGCUCAGCCAUGUCCUCUUCAAAUCUUUGCAGCUAUUGUUAUUGCAUUGGUGGCACUGAAAAAUGCGUCAAACCGAAAUGCAUGUUGCCCGUGGAGGGCUGCAAGCCCAUAUUUGUAGACUCAACCUGCUGCCCAGUGCGGUAUGACUGCAGCAGCAAGACCAGCGGUAAAUCAUCGCAGGAAGUACGUUAUCGCAAGACCGCUAACAAGCACUUUCAACGCAUGUCCCAACGACUGCAAAGAAAUCGUGGCUGCACUGUGGAUUCUCAGUUUUACGCAGAAGGACAAAAAAUGCGCUCCGAUGCGGACAGGCCAUGUGAUAUAUGCUUCUGCAUACGCGGCACACGGCGUUGUGCGCCUAAGAAAUGUUCGCCAGCCCUGAAAAAUUGUAUACCCGUGGUGCCUAAGGGCCAAUGUUGUCCCUCCAGCUACGAUUGCGGCAGUCAGCGGGAUUAUAGACGCUCGCAAAAUUCAAGGCAGUUUAAUUUAUACAGUAUCCUCUUUGGCAAGGAAGAACAGGAGCCUGAGGUGGCUGCAGCCACAGCUUUAAAUUCCCAGAAUACAAUGGCAGAGCACUAUCCGCUUGAUCGUCACCCCACGGAAAAACCUAUAGGCGAUGCUCUACUAGCAAGUAGUGAGAAGAGCAUAUUGGAUACUCUACGUGAAGGUCUGGAAUACAUAGAUAGUAAUAACAAUAAAAUGCUGACGGACAACAUGGACCUGGUGGAUUUGCAGAGUAGCACAGCAGCACAGGGUACUACCGAGGAUACAUCACCCGCUGCUCUGAGCACCACAACAGAGUUGAGUUUCUUGGACCUGCUAUUAGGACCUAGCACGGAGCGUGAAGGCAGCGUCAAUCCAGAAACAUCUACUAUAAAAAAACCCAUGAGCUGGGUGGAUAUCUUAUUAGGACCCGAUGAUGAGGAGCCAGCACUAGCACAAGUGGAAUCUACCACUAGGACAAGUUUAAGCAGCAUUGAUCGCAUAACAAACGACUUUGAUAAACAGAUCGAUGAGUUGCCUGUGGGAGAACUUCCCGCGGCUGCUCAACAGAUGGCCUUAGCCAAUAGUACUAAUUGGUCUACAUCCACUGAGCGACCUACAAGCAGCACUUCAAAGCCUCCAAGCGAUCUGUUAAAUGUUUUACUCGAUGGCCUAUCCGUGAUGCUGGAUAAUAAUGUUACCAGCAGCAGUAUCAGCGCAGCAACAACAGCUACAACUAGCAAGCCAAAUGUGGUGCGGUUGCCGCCUAUGUUUCGCCCACUACCCAGCAGCAAGCCACAGCACACACGCAUCAACUCCAAGCUGUCAAAUCUAACGGUUACACCUCCCAUGCUCUUGGUCACAAGCAUAUACGGACAGCCUGUGACCUAUAUAACGGUGCCUCCAAAAACCAGCACCACAAAAGCCAGCAAAUCCUCAAGCAAGCCCAGCACCACAACAGCUGCAACCACUCGAAAGCCAUCCAAAGCUGCUGUUAAGCCGAAGCCUAAAACCACACGACGCACCACCACCGUUGCAAGCACUUCAACAACUACAGUGAAAACCACCACGCGCACCACCCAGAGAAUGGCCGUAAAAACCAAACCACCUAUUAAUAUUACCACUAGCUCACCACCCAUCAUAAUUAAAACCAAUCCCAGCAUUCUGGAGGCUGAACCCAUGGAUGAAAGCGAUAGCACUUCGCCGACAUUGCCGCCCAGUUUACCUAACCUUAAAAUAAUACCAUUUUUACCCACCGAUGCUGUCGAUGCUGCUGCCAAAACAAACAACAACAACAAUUUUUAUGCUCAAACUCACGUAGCGGCAGACAAAAUGGAUGUUGGAUACGACACGCUCUACGAUGACUCCGCUCUACAUUAUCCUGCCAUAACUUCUGCCCAACCGUUGUUAUCCCAACUAGCUGGUAACAGCGAUCAAGCUGCUUAUAAAUACGAAUUUAAUGUGGAAAUGCCUGCAGCGGAAUUACCAUCAGCAGCCGAUGUACACGUGGGCUCACAAUAUCAAGGUAGCGCAGAUAUACUCAAGUACGACUUCGAGCAGCAAGUGUCGGUACCAGCAAUUCAUAGUGGCUUUUCACCACCCACCGAAACAGAAGGUGGUUUUGUGCCCAAAGAUCCAUUAUUCGUAGAUGGGGAUUUGCAAAAGGAUCUUCUGGCGUCCAAAGACAACUAUCACUUUACCCAGCAUAUUAUAGAUAUUACAACGAAGACCCCCAUCGAUACAUCAGCAAUAGAAAUCUCCACAUCCGACAAAGACGAAGUAUACACUGAAAGCCCGACAAAUCUAUCUUUAAUGAUUGUAGUUGAAGGUAGAAACACUUUUGAUAGCACACCAAAAACAACAACAAUUACAACUACAACAACAACCCCAGCAGCUACAACAACUAUUUCAACGACAACAAAGCCAAAAUUACAGCUGGAAAAUAAUGAAAUCAGUGAAUUGGAUAAGCUGCUAGAUGAGCUGCUGAGCCAGGACUUGGCCAGCAGCACAGUACCGCCCUUUAAAACAUUACCAACCAUAGCAUCGUCAGCAAUACCCAUAACGGUCACUAAAAAGGCGCCAACAACAGCAACGCCCUUUCCAACGCGUGUCACCAAAAAUAAAAACAACAAAACUAAAACCAAGCUCUCUGGGAAUAGGCGCAACAGCAAUGCAACAACGCCUUUUAUAGCAACAACAAAGCCUAUGAGAUACAAAGGACCACCGGCGACCCGACGUACUGCUACCAUCAAAAACAAGAACAAUACCAACAACACUGUAGCCCACGAAGAGCAGGCAAAUGUGAAAACCCAAAUUACAGUAGGAGUAACUACUGCAGCAACAAAAAAACCAACAACAACAGCACCGACACCAACAACAACAACAACAAAAAGAACAACAACUGCUAAGCCUUCGCCCACAAAAGCUACUGAAACAUCCAGUGUGGCUACAGAAGAGCCUCUGAGCAGCACAGUACAUCCAUUUUUAAAGUCACCAUUCGAUAAAUUGCCCUUCAUGGAUGCCAGCUAUGAAGUCAGACCUUACAAGGUGCAACCACAGCAACAAUUGCAGCUGGCCCAGGAACAACAACCGCAGCAAUUCCACCAUUACCAGCAUGCUACUAGCAGCAGCAACAACAUCCUUUACGGUACAUCAACAGACGCAACUGUUACCAGUGGUGUAGUUGGUAUGGGCGGUUCACCAGUUGGCCUAAUUGAUCCUACAGGCAUGCUGAAAUUAGCUGGUUGCAACAUUUACGGCCGAAUGUAUCGCGUCGGUCGCAUUAUAGUCGAAUUAUCCAAUCAAUGCCUGGAAUGUAAAUGCACCGAAGUGGGCGUCAAAUGCGGCCCAUUAGACUGUUAACUUAAGCCCAACUUCCUUUCCCAUCCUUCUCUGCUUCACGUUUAUGAGUAUUGAUGACUUGACGCAUCGUCCUUAAACAAAUACUGUUUAGUUAAAAAUUUUUAUUAAGCUCACAUUAUUUAGCAGUU